AUGAAUGAUUCUGCCGAAGUUCUGGAGUUGCAAUAUCUGUGUCCGACAUGCAAAGUCACUGCCGUCGUUUUGUACACGACGUUGUCGAUUAUGGCGUUUAUAGGGAACUCGUUGAUUGUAGCUGUUAUUAUCUAUUUUCGACGUCUCCACACCGCCACCAACAUGUUGAUUAUGAAUUUGGCUAUUGCUGAUUUGAUGAUCAGCAUCUUCUGCAUGCCUCUUAGUUAUUGGCAUGUGAUUAUAUUUGAGGAUCAAAGGUGGAUAUUUGGUGCUUUUUUAUGUAAAAUCUUCAACUUCCUUCAAGCCAGUGCCGUCUUCUUGAGUUCGUGGACCUUGGUAGUAAUCAGGUAGUCUCUUUUAUUUACAAUGGAAAUAAUGGUAAAGAAUGCUUACAACUGUCAAAUAAUCCUGGGGUAUGCAAGGAAAUUACUUCUUUGUGUCCCAGUUAAAUAAUAAAAGGAGAUCUGUAGAUUAGGCAACUUUUGUUUCUUUUCAGACUAUAACUUUAAUAAUGGUUUCAGCUUCGAUCGUUUUAUGGCCAUAAUGUUUGUGAUGUCCCCUUGGCUCCGUUUAACUCGGAAAAGGGCUUUCUUCCUCAUUUUGGGGACUUGGGUCUUCUCCCUGGCGAUGGCUCUCCCUUUGUUGAUUGUGAAUCAGGUAUUUUGAUUUCAUUUUCACUGUCGGGCUCAUGUUUUAUAUUUUCCAAAGUACUUUUGAAUUGCUAUUUUCAGACCGAGGCCUCUGCGUUGGACGUGGAGACUUGUCAGGAGAAAUGGGAACUGCUCAGUCCCUUGGGGGAUGUCGAUCAAAUUGUACAUAGUUACACAUCCGCUCUGUUUGCCCUCCAGUACUGCCUGCCGUUGUUUGUUUUGGUGAUUACGUAUACUUUCAUUGGGCUCAGGAUGUGGAACAGCAAAGUGCCUGGCGCAGACCGAACACAGAGCACGAGAUAUGUUGUGCAAGGAAGACAUGACUCCGUCAAAAAGGUGAGUGAUUAUUUUAAAAAAGCAUGUUAUUUUUAUAGCUAUAUUUUAUAUAACAAACACAAUUUAACCAAACUAACAGUGAAUGUCAGUAACAGAGCGUUGUUAAUAACAUAUUCAGCGAGUUUCAAAUUGGCUUGUGUCGUUUUUGCGUUGUAAGCUGGGCUGAGUCUUGUUGGAACGUUAACGUUGUAUUGCCAAAGCGCCACUUAACCAACAGAAGUACGACGGAAACGAACUUGUCGCGGCGCUAGAAUUUCGACUCUUUGAUCCACAAAAACCAUGGAAUUCUUGCCGCUGGAACAACUUCUGCCCCAGACAAUAAGGGCCCGGAUUUUGACGGUGUUAGCGAUGGGUGACGUGCCGGGAGCCUCAUCGGAAAACAUCGUUCUGGUGCUUGUGCACUCGCUAAACAUUAAACCGCGCACGCAAUGGGCUCUCACCGGGAGAUCUGCGGCCCCGAGCGCAAAAUUUCAAGUCACCGUUUGAACCUCUGAAUCGCCGAAAGACACUGGCUGAAUAUGUUAUUAACAAUGCUACUGGUACUACUUAUUGUCGAUUUUGUUAAAGUUAGUUCGCUAUAUACGCAGUGCAAUAGGCUUUUUUGGGCUGUCGCUCGCACCCUGACUUUUUUCGCACAGUGCAAACGCCAAAAAUCAGUCCGGCGACUUUCCGGAAGGACUAGUAAAAUGUAGCUAUAAAAAUAAGAUAAUUUUUUUGAGACACUGAAAAAAUGCUUAGCUAGGAAGUGUCAGGCUCCGAAUGAUUUGAAGUCAAUCAUUUCAAAAAUUCGGAUCGGAAAAAUCAGUUUUUUUUUCAGUAGUUUUAGUCAUCUCUGAUCGUUUGACAAACCUCAAGAAAUUAGAUAAAGGUGAUUUGAACUCGUUGAAUAGCUAGCUAACACGUUGGAAAGCGUAGUAAAAAGUGGGAGUAGCAGCCAAAUCGGUUUCUUUCGAACGGGACCGUUUCAGGGUCAAUUUUGAUGUCUGCCCGAAAAGGUCAAAAGUAGGGUAAUCGAUGGCGUAGAUUUCAAAAAUCACGUUCAUUAUUUCUGAUUUUGACUUUUUUCUAAGUAGUAGUGUUAAGAAUUAAUUUUUGGAACUAAACCAUGAAAAAAGUUACAUUUUUUGCGUUAUCAUGUAGAGUGUACCCAUUUUUAUGUAAAAACGGUCUUAAGAAGAUUACUGUAAUACUAAUGUUUAAAUUACAGCUUAUUCCAAUGGUUCUCCUUGUCAGCGCCUUAUAUGCGGGAUGCUGGCUGCCCCAGAAUCUGCUGAUGAAUAUCUGGGUUACAUACGAUCCCACUAUCACCUCCCAUCCUUAUAUCUUGUACAUCUGGUGGGCAGCCCAUACCAUCGCCAUGUUCCAUUCGAUAGUCAAUCCAUUUAUUUAUUACUGGCAGAACCGGAGGAUCAACGAGGGGGUGAGAUACCUGCUUCGCUUCCUUCCUUUCAUCCAUUUCGACAAUUUCCAUUACCUCGAAGAGAAACCUGGAUGCAGAGCGGUCAAGUUCGUGAACAUGGUCGCGUAUAUGCCCGUGGCCGGGAAAAAGGUGCUCCAUUCUACCGUCUCAGACAGUGGUUAA